AAAGCGCCUCUUGUUCCCGGGCCAAGUCUAGUCCAGUAGCAGGUUUUACUCUACGCUUCGAUCUGUUGUCCGCAUCAGAUACGGAUUGCAGUGCUACCAAGGAAAUGAAUAAGCAACCAACCAACAGCCUGGAGGCAGCAGUGCCGGGCCACCGGGAUAGCCCACGUGCACCCGGGACCAGCCCUGAGCAGGACCUGCCUGCCGCCGCCGCUGCCGCGGCUACUGCCGCGCCGCCACGUGUGCCUAGGUCCGCUUCCACCGGCGCCCAAACUUUCCAGUCUGCGGAUGCGAGAGCCUGCGAGGCGCAGCAGCCCGGAGUAGGGUUUUGUAAACUCAACAGCUCCCAGGCACAGGCGACCUCCGGAGCUCUCCGGGACUUAAGCGAAGGGCACUGCGCACAGGCCAACCCCCCUUCCGGGGCCGCUGGGGCCGGCAACGCGCUGCACUGCAAGAUCCCAGCUCUGCGUGGCCCGGAGGAGGACGUGAACGUGAGUGUGGGCAAGGGCACGCUGGAGCACAACAAUACCCCAGCUGUGGGCUGGGUAAACAUGAGCCAGAGCACAGUGGUGUUGGGUACCGAUGGCAUCGCGUCAGUGAUUCCAGGCAGCGUGGCCACCACGGCCAUACCGGAGGACGAGCAAGGGGAUGAGAAUAAGGCCCGAGGGAACUGGUCCAGCAAACUGGACUUCAUCCUGUCCAUGGUGGGGUACGCAGUGGGGCUGGGCAAUGUUUGGAGGUUUCCCUACCUGGCCUUCCAGAACGGGGGAGGUGCUUUCCUCAUCCCUUACCUGAUGAUGCUAGCCCUGGCUGGCUUGCCCAUCUUCUUUCUAGAGGUGUCACUGGGCCAGUUUGCCAGCCAAGGGCCUGUGUCUGUGUGGAAGGCCAUCCCAGCUCUACAGGGCUGCGGCAUCGCAAUGCUCAUCAUCUCGGUCCUCAUAGCCAUAUACUACAACGUGAUCAUCUGCUACACACUCUUCUACCUGUUUGCCUCCUUCGUGUCUGUGCUGCCCUGGGGCUCCUGCAACAACCCGUGGAACACGCCAGAAUGCAAGGAUAAAACCAAACUUUUGCUAGAUUCCUGUGUUAUCAGUGACCAUCCCAAAAUACAGAUCAAGAACUCAACUUUCUGUAUGACUGCCUAUCCGAACUUGACAAUGGUUAACUUCACCAGCCAGGCCAAUAAGACAUUCGUCAGCGGGAGCGAGGAGUACUUCAAGUACUUUGUGUUGAAGAUUUCUGCAGGGAUUGAAUACCCGGGUGAGAUCAGGUGGCCCUUGGCCUUCUGCCUCUUUCUGGCUUGGGUGAUUGUGUACGCAUCGCUGGCGAAAGGAAUUAAGACGUCAGGAAAAGUGGUGUACUUCACAGCCACGUUCCCCUACGUCGUGUUGGUCAUCCUCCUCAUCCGGGGGGUCACACUGCCUGGAGCUGGGGCUGGCAUCUGGUACUUCAUCACGCCUAAGUGGGAGAAGCUCACGGAUGCCACGGUGUGGAAGGAUGCCGCCACCCAGAUUUUCUUCUCCCUGUCUGCUGCCUGGGGAGGGCUCAUCACUCUGUCUUCUUACAACAAAUUCCACAACAACUGCUACAGGGACACGCUGAUUGUGACCUGCACCAACAGUGCCACCAGCAUCUUUGCUGGGUUCGUCAUCUUCUCUGUCAUCGGCUUCAUGGCCAACGAACGCAAAGUCAACAUUGAGAAUGUGGCCGACCAAGGGCCAGGCAUUGCAUUUGUGGUUUACCCAGAAGCCUUAACCAGGCUGCCUCUCUCUCCAUUCUGGGCCAUCAUCUUUUUCCUGAUGCUUCUCACUCUUGGACUUGACACUAUGUUUGCCACCAUCGAGACCAUUGUGACCUCCAUUUCGGAUGAGUUCCCCAAGUACCUGCGCACACACAAGCCUGUGUUCACCCUGGGCUGCUGUAUCUGCUUCUUCAUUAUGGGCUUCCCAAUGAUCACACAGGGUGGAAUCUACAUGUUCCAGCUCGUGGACACCUAUGCUGCCUCCUACGCCCUUGUCAUCAUCGCCAUAUUUGAGCUUGUUGGCAUCUCCUAUGUGUAUGGCUUGCAGAGAUUCUGUGAAGACAUCGAGAUGAUGAUUGGAUUCCAGCCCAACAUCUUCUGGAAAGUCUGCUGGGCGUUUGUCACCCCGACCAUUUUAACUUUUAUCCUUUGCUUCAGCUUCUACCAGUGGGAGCCCAUGACCUACGGCUCUUACCGCUACCCUAACUGGUCCAUGGUGCUUGGAUGGCUGAUGCUUGCCUGCUCCGUUAUCUGGAUCCCGAUUAUGUUUGUGAUAAAAAUGUAUCUGGCUCCUGGCAGAUUUAUCGAGAGGCUGAAGUUGGUAUGCUCGCCACAGCCAGACUGGGGUCCCUUCUUAGCUCAGCACCGCGGGGAGCGUUACAAGAAUAUGAUCGACCCCCUGGGAACCUCGUCCCUGGGACUCAAACUGCCCGUGAAGGAUUUGGAACUGGGCACCCAGUGCUAGUCCAGGAGUGCGGAUGGUCCUGUGUUACUCCCGUUGUCCUCUCUGCCUCCCACACACCUUCCCCAGCUUUAUUCCCAGUUUUCUUCUUUCUCCCCAUCCCUCGCUUCACAGCCGUGCAUGAGAGUGUUCCAUAGAAAAGUAGGACAUAGUGUGUCUGUCGCAUGCGGUAGUGAGAGUAACACAGACCACUGGAAGCGCUGUCUGCCUGGGUCUGUGCUAUCCAUGUCAGGGAGGACCGCUCCCCCAUCAGGUGCUCCAUUCGUCCUGCAGGGGGGUAGACCAGGUGGGCACUGGCAGGUGCAUGGUUCAGCAGUAGAGAAAUCCUGAUGUGUGUUCUCAUUUGCUGGAAGGAGCAGGGCAUGGGAGAAUGCAGACUUUGAGGACUGUUGGCUUGCCCUCGACACCGUCCAGCAGAGCUGGGCAAUGUCACGAUCUCAUUCAGAAGUCGGAAGUUCAGGUCAGGUGUUUUAGGGCAGAUGGCAGUGCCGGAGACGGCUCUAGGUGCAGACAAGGCUGGUAGGUGGAUUUGGGCACCGCUGGGUGGUUUGAUGUGCAUAUCCGUUUCUUUUAUUUUGACCGAAUAUACCAUGCAUUUAGAUGUUUCAUCUCUCUACACUGUAGAUCUGGAAGGAUUGUUCAUUCUCUUCCCUCAGUCUGUCUGUUGUCCUCCUCCCCUUCCUCCUCUCCCUCCUCCUUCUUUUCCUUCUUUGUAAUAACCACAUUUGGGGGUUAAUUCUUUGGGUCUUUUCUUCCACCCUCUGCACAAGAAGCCAGGCUCUGAUUUGCAUGUCGACUUUUAUAUCGCUGUCCUAUUUACCACAAUGUCUUCAGCACCAUGGCUCAGUGUCAUAAUUGCUGUCUCUUUGCCUCCGAAUCUCUUUCUAUAAGCUGUAUAACCUCUGGGAAAAUGAGACUUAACGCGGUUCUCUCUCUAUAUUGCCUGUAUAUGGGACACGAACUCUUAAAAGAUAGUUUCUCAAUUUUGACUCCUUUUCAAGUAACAGCUAAUGCCAGUUGUGGCCAUAGGGAAAUCAGAGACAUCAAGAGAUUGGUAGAAAGCCAUCCUACUAUUACUCAUCCCUGGGGAUGUACAUCUUAGGUCCCCGUAUUUUCAGAACUUUCCGAUUAAGACAGCUUAGCUAGGUAGUGAGUAAGCCAACUAAGACCAUCGCUCUUGAGAAUGCGUUCAGCCAGUUCAGCUUCCGGAACUCUCGAUCCACAGCAUCAUUGUCUUUCUCCAGUGAGAAUGAGCGCCCAUCUGCAGAACCUGGCCAGGCCGUACCCUUGAUUGCUGUGUCUCCCAAGCAGGCAUAUAGGAAACUCUUAAACUGUGGUGUGUGCUCCUGCAGUAUGUACAUGUAGCAUGUAGUGGUGCUUUCUGUCCUUAUAAAUACCUUAGGAAUCACCACAGAGAUGGCAAGGUUAGAGCAGCACAGUCUGGUCUUUUUAUCUUUUCCUCUUACAGUAUUAAUAUCUCAACCUAAAAUCGUCUCCUCCAGGGGAGACUGGUUCAAUCGUUUUCUUAUUAGUUUGUCUUCAUCUAACAGGGUCUCAGGCAAAGUUUUCAGUUCAGAUCUUGUCUAUUGAAGUGACAUUUUCAUCCCGCGCCACGGCGAUGAUGCCCCAACAGCAGGUUAUAAUGGAUCCCUUUAAAAAGAUGACUCCAUUUGUGUGAAGCGUCGGAAGCCAUUGUACUGGACUUUCUCUUUCCUAGGGCAAGUGCUCACGCCACCUGCCGACACCGAUGGGUACUUGGGUUUCCCAGAGUAGCCAUGACAUGUUUUAGGAAAGAGACCAUGGUGGGCUUUGAACUCCUGGCUUUCAUGUCUUUGCUUGCAGGGUUUGCUCUCCCUCUUCCAUGUUCUCUUUUCUCCCAAUUUCCCAAAAGUAGGUCUGUCUAGACUGUCACAGAGAUGAAGCCUUAGGCUUGCCCUAUUUUAGGAAGACGAGCUGUGGGCUCAGUUGUCUCCUAUCUGCUGUCAUUACGUUUCCCCCAGAAAGCCAUACCGAUGAGUGGCCCCAUUCCUGCCCCAGAAUCGCAGGGUGCUACCAACACGUGGGUGGUGUGUGUGAGUAGGGAGGUCGGUCUGGAAACUCCACACAACCCCACCAGUUUUCAGGUUAAGAAAAGCGCGAAGCUGGUCCUUAACACAGACGAAUUUGUGCUUGUGUUGGGAUGAAUGGCUUCCGGCUUCUGAGUUUCCUCUGGGCUGCGGCUGGGACUGGUACAGGAUGCCAACCCAAUUGCUGCUAAUUUUUGCCUCUGUGAUUAAAAGGCGGGAGUGGGGGGAGACCGUGGGCACUGCCAGAUGUGAACUGAGUGUUGACUUCCUGGAGACCUCAUCGGUUGGGGCGACUGUACCUGGGGCAGCUACAGCUGUGUCUAGUAGGGUAUGUCGAGGAAACACCUAGAAGCUACCCCUGUGUACUUGUCCAUUUUGCUGUUGUUGCUUCAUUUUUCUUUCCCUAGUUUUAUGUAAAAACUGCUUAAAAGGACCAAGUAAGACAAAGAAUCCAGGCUUACCUGGACAUAGCUGCCCUUGAAGUUUAGGCUUGUCCACAUCGAUCGCCCUGCUCAACUUCAAGGCGCUCCCUGGCAGGAGGAGUGUGUCUGAGUAGCCUCCAUUUAUGCUGUACGUCAAUGACCUGUCUCCUGGACCUGGUCGGGAUACUGAGAGCUGAUAUAUACCCGACUCGAUGGAUUGUUUCCAUACUACAAAAAUGCACACUUGAUUGGAAGGAAAAAAAUGACUGAAAAAAUAGAAAAUGAAAGCGCUGUCGUAACUGCCACCUGAGAUUCUCCCUGGACACUGAAGGAAAAGCAACGUUGCUUAGGAAGGACUUUGGUUCCCUGCGCGCAGUGGCGGGGAGUUUUCCAUCUGUGAGAUUAUUUCAUACCACCAACCAAUAAACUUAUACAGAGAAAAACAAGCCAUAUGUGAAAAAUAGUAACCCCUUAAUAUCCUUAAAACAAAAAGCACCAUGUAUUUAUUAACUAUCGGUGUUGUGGUUUCUUAUGCAAACCGCUGUGUAAUUGUCUUGCUUACUAGAGACUUCUAAUCUCCUUCAGGCUGUGUUUGUUGUGAACAAAUGUGUCCAGUUCUGGUCUUUCGUGAUAGUUGUUUUAUCUGCCCCUAUGUAUUUCUUUCUUGCAUGAUACCCGUGGUCAAUGCAAAAUCCUAAUGACCUUGACGCUUUCGGAAUUUUUUUAAAAUGUGUUUUUAAUGUGUGAGAGCUGCAAUCGAUGUGUACUUCAGGGAAUGGCACUUUAGAAAGAGUUGAACACAAGGACUUUUUCAUGGAUGGGACUCAGAUUUCGCGAUGCAGGCACAGCACUGAGGGGGUCAGGGUUUUGUUUCUCUUCUGUUAUCUAUGUGUGCCUCAGCGCUUCUCAGUUCCUUUCUGUCCGCAUGGGCUUCCCAUGCCUUAAAGCGACACUUUGCUCUUCGUCUUCUUGGCCAUGGGCCAUUGUACUCUUCCCAGAGGAUAGCACAGUAGCUGCUGCUAGAUGUGCCACAGCAAGAUCAUCCUGUCUGUGUUGUUGGGAUUUGGGUCUGUGGUGUGCUUCUCCGAGGCACUGACGUGAGUGAGGGUGUUCUGUGUGGUAGGGUGACAUGCAAGGCGUGGAGGCAGAGACCAGCAAGCCUGCCUCCCCUGCCUCACCAUGUGUGUUAUGCAGAGCUGGCCUGAGGAUUGGGAGUGAGACGUCCCGUCUUUCUCUCAUUUAGCUGUGCUUGCCUACAAGGUCCACGGUGAAAUAUGGUCUUGGCAUAGGUUGCUGUAAACUGCCUGCCGAGAAAGGAGUUCAGAUGGGUGUUCAUCACCCUUGAAAAGCAAGCCGAAGCUUGAUUAGCGUCUGAGGAUGACCCCUGACAGGCGUGCUCUAUCUAGCACCACUGGGGUGAUGUUUGGGUGUCAACUGGGAACUGCCGCGCUUCUCAUUUGUCCGUGUUCUUUUGCACUUUAUGACGGACCUAUCAAAGAGCGGGUUACGUAUUAAAUUAUGUGCUUGGGUAAUGUUCUGAACGCAAGCAUCUCCUGUGAGCACUACUGUUCACAAAUGAAGAUGUUUCCUAGUCAGGUCCUUAUAUUUUUUCAUCAGCUGUACAUGAAGAAAAUAUAUUAUGUUACAAAAUGAUGCAUCAUAUAUAUCUAUCUAUUGUAUAGAGUGCUUAUUAUAUAUUGUGCAUUAUCCAUUUAAGAAGUCAUCACUCUUGAGGCCCUACCUCAAAUUUUGUAUUUAUGUGUACAAAUGCAAUUUAUUGUAUUAUAUAUUUGCCUAUUACAUACUGUUAUAAAUUAGAGUUUAUCCU